AUGGAUUCUUUGAAAUUGCCCACCACCGCUGCUCAAGCUAAGGCCUUUACAGCACCAAACUCGAUACUUUUUCCCAAAGGUAUCGAUGGCGACAAUACAGAGGAUUCAAAAGAGUUUGUAGCUGAGGGUGCCGCUUCAGAUGUGAAGAAUGAAAAGACGUCAGAUAUUAUCGAGCCAAAACAGGAUGAAGACGAUAGUGCAACGUCAGGUAUAGUACCCACAUUGCAGAAUAUAGUCGCUACAGUGAACCUAGAUUGUCGAUUAGAUCUUAAAACCAUUGCACUUCAUGCCCGUAAUGCCGAGUAUAAUCCUAAACGUUUUGCUGCCGUAAUUAUGAGAAUCAGAGACCCCAAAACAACAGCGUUGAUUUUUGCAAGUGGAAAAAUGGUGGUCACUGGUGCCAAAUCUGAAGAUGAUUCGAAAUUGGCAUCGCGGAAAUAUGCGCGUAUCAUUCAGAAAUUGGGUUUUAAUGCCAAGUUUACUGAUUUCAAAAUUCAAAAUAUUGUUGGUUCUUGUGACGUCAAGUUUCCUAUCAGAUUGGAGGGUUUGGCCUUUUCGCAUGGUACUUUCUCGUCAUAUGAACCCGAAUUGUUUCCUGGCUUAAUUUAUAGAAUGGUGAAACCCAAAAUUGUGCUUUUGAUUUUCGUCUCGGGCAAAAUUGUUUUGACCGGUGCAAAACAAAGAGAAGAGAUAUAUGCUGCAUUUGAAGCUAUAUACCCGGUCUUGAGUGAAUUCCGAAAGUCGUAA